ACCAUCGUUAUUGUUGGUGAUAUCCAGUGGGAAGUCGAGUCCCUUGCCGGCUUAAGUUUGCCGGAUGGAGAGGGAAUCGUGACACGAUCUCCUUUGGUGAUCAGGCUCCAGAAAGCGGACAACGAGUCGGAGGAGGAAGUUGUGGAGAUGAUUGUGAGUAUACUGGAAAGUGGAGCUAUCUCGGACGAGAUACUCACUGACAAACUCGAAAAGGCUCUGCUGGAAGAUCUAGAAGAUGAGGCAGGACUCAAGGUGGAUGGGAGAGGAUCCAGCUGACUAGUUGACACAGAGCCUGGACAACUUGCACAAGUGUGCCGCGGUGGUGGCACAAGUUAACAGCAGCGGUCGCAAGCUGUUCCUCUCGAGUUCCAUCUAUCGAUGGUAUGUAAGUUUGUUUUGUUUGUUAUGCCUCGUUCCUUUGUCUUCUGCCAGGUUGGUUUUAGCGUGUUUGUCGAUGCUGCGUGCUUCGUGUCCACAUUUGGAGCGAGCGGUGCUGCUUCGUUUCUGCCGGAACAACAGUGAUCACUUUGGCACCAUUUGUUUCAAAGCCUUUAUGAUCGUUGCGAAGGAAGUCCGGGGUAAGGAGAGCGAUCAAUAAUGGGGGAGGAGGUGCCUCACUUGAUGGUCGUUCCUUACUCGGCUCAAGGGCAUAUGAUCCCGGCUUUAGUGCUCGCGAGCAGGCUAGCCGGCCUUGAUUUCGAGGUAAGCUACGUUUGUCACGAGUUCAGGCUUGAGCAAGUGAAGAGAGAGGCCAAAGCACGAGCGUGCAACCCACACAUCAAGUUCCAGACGCUCAAAAAAAACUUCCCACCCAAAGAGCAGCAGGAAUCGAGCUCGGGGCACGACUCGAUGCAGGUCAUUCUCUGGUCCUUUAGAUUCCAUCCCGAAGAUGGAGUAGAACUGAAGGAGCUCAUCAGUGCUGCCAAUCCUCCGAUAAGCUGCAUCAUUACGGACAACUUGCUCGCUUCCUGGGCCCAAGACGUAGCGGACGAGCUCAACAUUCCCAGGAUUAUCUUCUACCCAUCGCCGGGAAUGGCACUGGCCUUUCAUUUCUAUCUCAAGAGCAUGCUACACGAAAACAAGCUUCCUGUGCGAGCUCAAGAGCUGGUGCGAAUACCCGGGAUAGAUUCGGCUGGACUCUCGCCACUUUCGAGCGACCAAGUUAGCAGCCCAGUCAUAGAGACAAUCCCCGAUGUGAUGCGGUAUUUCUACGUGACAAAUGCUCUUCGAGCUCACGAGGCAGCUGGAGUGAUGUGCAACACGUUUGCUGCGAUCGAGGAGGAGGCAUGCAUCGCUCUGAGCGAGAAUGCGAUGAUAAAUCCCAACAAGGUUCCUUUCGUGGAUAUCGGGCCUUUGCUUCCAGACCCCUACUUCGCGGACGACGAUGCUUGUGAACACUGUGACAAAGUCGAGUGCUUGGCAUGGCUGGACGAGCAGCCCACCGCGUCCGUCGUGUACAUCUCGUUUGGAAGCUUCGCUCGCGCUAACCGGGAACAGAUCGAAGAGCUUGCGUUUGGAUUGGAAGCAAGCGAGAAGAGAUUUCUGUGGGUUCUGCACAAUGGUGCCGAGGAGUUUCUCCCGGAGGGAUUUUUGGAACGGGCGACGACGAACAAGACAGGAAUGGUGGUGAAGAAAUGGGCACCACAGCUCUUGGUUCUGUCGCACAGGGCUGUGGGUGGUUUUAUGACCCACUGCGGAUGGAACUCGACGAUGGAGAGCUUAAGCCGGGGCGUUCCGAUUAUCACGAUGCCGUUUUACGGAGAGCAGCGAGGGAACGCACGGAUCAUUGUGGAGCACUUGGGGAUUGGAGUGGGACUAGCGAAAGAUGGUGAAGAUGGUUUAAUCCCGAGGAUUGCUUUCGAGCGAGCUUUUCGCGCUGUGAUUGACGAGGGCGAGCUUGUGAGGAGCAAGGCUGCCCAGGUGAAAGAGACCGCUCGCGCUGCUUUCAAAGAAUCGCCUCGGAAGAUCAAAGGCUUCGUCCACAAAGUCCUCCACUCGCGCCAUCCUAGUUAAAAUUUCAAAUUCUUCUAUGUUCUUCAUUAAAUAAUCUCUCUAAUAAUUUCACGUAGAAAAAUGUA